UAUUCCUCACAACUGGUUGGGCAACUGCAGACCGUCACUCUGCCAGAAAGACCAGUUGGAGAAAUAAGUGUUUGCCUGCAUCCACAUCAAAACACCAAGAACAAGGAAGGUGUACUUUCCGAGGCUCCGCCCUCUUCACAGAACUCUGAUAAGUCAGCAGGCAGGAAGCCACAACAAGCGCUGGCAGCCGUCUGCAGCCUCAUGGAGCAAACAGUGAAUAUUGUCUCGAGGCUACAGUGGGGGGCGGCCGCUCCGAAACAAAAGGAGGCCCUGAAAGGUUCAGCUCAGAGGGUUGUGAUACACCACACUGCCCUUCAAAACUGCAGAGGCCUGCCGGACAGCAAGGAGCACCUCGUCAGCAUUCAGAGCAUGCACAUGAACCAGAGGGGCUUUGAUGACAUCGGCUAUAACUUUCUUAUCGGAGGAGAUGGGACUGUGUUUGAGGGUCGUGGCUGGGGAGUGGUGGGGGCGCAUACCAAAGGCCAUAACCAAGACUCUCUAGGAAUUGCUUUCAUGGGCAACUUUAACAGUGACAAACUGACUGAGGAGGCUUUACGGUCGGUCAAAGGGCUGCUGCUGUCUGGAGUUUCCCAGAACUACAUUGACCCGGAGUUUGUCCUGUACGGACACAGAGAUUUAGCUAGCACCCAGUGUCCAGGAGACAAUGUUUACGCUGCUUUGUCUCACCUAAGGAGUGGCGCGUAGCUCUCAGGGAGGGGUUCCCUGACUAAACACUAACUAUAGUUGCCACGCUCCCAACUUGAACUUUAAAGAUGUUUGUGGAGUUGGCUGUCAAACGCUGCUGCUUCUCCCACUGCAGAGGGAGCCCUCACAAAGGAGGAAAGGAAACGGCUCCUCCUCCAGAAGAAAGAAACAACUCAGCAAAAGAAAUGGGUUCUCAUUUUUAACGAAGUGCAAUAUUUAAGUGUUUCAUUUUUGCAAUCUAAGUAAGCAGUGUUAUUUAUUUAUUUAAAUUUUAAUUUCUUUUGAUUGUAUGUUUAAAAAAUAAACAUAACAUGAAACUUUUUUUUGGAUUCAAGUUUUUGAGUGGAAUAUUCAUGUACAGUCAAAAUACUGUCAGCAAUGCGAGGGAAAGUUCUGCUGAACUUCACAGCUAUGUGUUCUACCUUUUUUUCUAAGCCAUACUAUUUAAAAAAAAUAUUCUGGGACAGUCUUGAGAUGAAUCAUGAUGCAUAUUGUAUCAUGAGAUGUGUAUCUGGAUACAUAUUGUAUCCCUAGACCAGGGGUCUACAGCCCUCAACAAUAAAAGACCCAUUUGGGCUUGUUUCUCUGAUCAAAACCUAAAG